UGUUACACCCAUCUUCCACUAUAUAUACCCCUAACCUCUGCUCAUCAUCAUAUACUCACUCACUCCCUCCCAAUUUUCUUCUCUAAUCAUUUUGCAAUGGAUAUUGAUUUGUCACCCAAACUCGCUCAGAAGGUCUACGGAGGAGCCGGUGGAUCGUACCAUGCAUGGUGCCCUAACGAUCUCCCCAUGCUCAAGCAAGGUAACAUCGGUGCCGGUAAACUUUUCCUUGAGAAGAACGGUCUCGCUCUCCCGCGGUAUUCAGAUUCCGCCAAAGUUGCUUAUGUUCUUCAAGGCAAUGGAGUAGCCGGUAUUGUUCUACCCGAGAAAGAAGAAAAGGUGCUCGCAAUCAAAACCGGUGACGCAAUCGCCCUCCCAUUCGGUGUAGUCACAUGGUGGUACAACAAAGAAGACACCGAGCUCCAAAUCCUUUUCUUAGGCGACACCAAAACCGCCCACAAACCAGGCUCGUUCACUGACUUCUUCUUAACCGGUUCCAAUGGCAUCUUCACUGGUUUCUCAAUGGAAUUCGUGUGUCGUGCAUGGGACGUAGACGAAUCCACCGCCAAAGCACUAGUCGGAAACCAAAAAGACAACGGAAUCAUCAAAGUUGACGCUAAUGCCAAAAUGCCCGAGCCCAACAAAGACCAUAGAAAUGGGAUGGCGUUGAACUGUUUAGACGCACCGUUGGAUGUUGACAUAAAGGGUGGCGGUCGAGUGGUGGUUUUGAACACGAAGAAUUUGCCAUUGGUUGGUGAAGUCGGUUUAGGUGCUGAUCUUGUGCGGUUGGAUGGUAAUGCUAUGUGUUCCCCGGGAUUUUCGUGUGAUUCUGCGCUUCAAGUGACGUACAUUGUUAGGGGCAGUGGACGCGCUCAGAUUGUUGGUGUUGAUGGCAAACGCGUUCUUGAAACGACCGUGAAAGCCGGGAAUUUGUUCAUUGUUCCUAGGUUCUUUGUUGUUUCCAAGAUUUCGGACAACGAUGGGUUGGAAUGGUUCUCUAUUAUCACUACUCCCAAUCCGAUAUUCACUCACAUGGCGGGAAGAACAUCAGUGUGGAAGGCGUUGUCUCCUGAGGUUCUGCAGGCAUCGUUCAAUGUGACGCCUGAGGUGGAGAAGACGUUCCGCUCGAAGAGGAUGAACAGUGAAAUCUUCUUUGCUCCAAGUAAAUGAUGAGAGUGAUGGGUGAAUGCUUUAGUUUUAUUGUUAGUUAAUAAUGCUUGUGGAUUAUGGAUGUUUGUUUUUUCUUCAAAGAUUUUUGGUUGUUUGCUUUUGCUGAUCCAAGUUUUAUGGUACUAUCUUAGUGUCUUUUUCUUUUGGUUUUA